AUGCACUGGCCAAAAGAAUGGCAACCCGACGAGAACUUAAAGGACAACCUCGCCAAGGUCAAAGACGACCUCCGGGAGACCGCCGCCCACCUCCAGGACCGCGAGACCGAAGCGGCGACCCUCCGCGCUGACCUGCAACGGGAGCGCACCGCGCUGCUCAACCGCAAGCAGCGCCACAACACCCUGCACAAACAGGCCCGUAAGUUGAUGGAGGAGCGCAACGCGCUGACGGGGCUCCUGCGGCAGAGCCUCCUGACCCCGGCGGACUUGGAGGCCCGUCUGCGGACCGCCGGGAUCCCGACCAGCGUCCCGGCGGUGGCCACGGAAAAAUCUUACCUCCAGGCAUUGUUUGAGAAGACCGGGACACCGCUGGUAUCCCCGGAGGAGGUCCCCGAGGUCCCUGAGACCCAGGAGCCGUUGCGGCUGGUGCAGAGCCAGCGGGAGGUGGGCGGGGCGGUGGAUAACGGGGAUAUGCCGCGGUUCACGCUGAACGAACUGCGCCGGAUGCUGAACGAGCGCAACCACCUCAAGGCAAAGGUCAUGGAGCUCCAGGAUGAGCUGGCCGCCGGGAAGACGCCGCGCGCCGCCUUGGACGCCCAUCUGCAGCCGUGGCGUAACGAAAAUCCGGCGUCGGGCAGCACGGCGCCGAUGCAGCGUUGCCGACGAGGCGGAGUCAAGCGCGCUGGCGUCGACGGAGGCGGACAGUGUGGCCAGCCAGACGGACGACGAGGAGCGUGCAGGGCCGCGAGCCCGACGACAAACUCGCCGGCGCCGCAGUCGCAGCAAGCCCCGCCCCUCCAUCAUCCGCAACCUGUACAAAGGCCUGUUCGGCGAGAAGCUGACGGCCAUCGUGAAAGACGGCAUCUUCUACAAACUGGCCGAGAGCAGCGCCCAUUUGACGGACUAAACCGAUGGCCAACCGCCCGCGGACGCCAGUCCCCGCUCUUCCCGGAUCUCAGCCCCUUUCGAUUCCGCGCUUCUUCAGCAGUCUUGUUGAUCAGCUUUAUUUUGAAAAUGUUUUGA